GAUCUCAGUUUACUUUUGAACUACAAAGUAUAAUUAAGUUUUGACGCAGCGAGUUCGGCAGAGAUUUUUGUCAUUCGUUCAUUCUUUCGUAUUCUUUUUUCAUUUUUCUGCGAGUGUAAGGUGGGUGGUGGAGAUGAAGUGGUGUUUAAUUGUGAGUGUGACCCUUUGGUCGUCGUUGCUGUCCCAAGCUGCCAUACUCCGUCGUAGCCCUCAAGUACUUAGAGCCUUCCCGAGUCCGAAUCCUGGUCCGAGAAAUGCCCGGCAAACGGACCUUUAUCCAUCGUAUUCGGAGAGUGGUCAAUCCUACGCGUCCCCAGCUUCGGAUGCAUACACUCAGCAGUAUUAUGCCCCACAACCUUCCGCGUCGACCUACCCCAACCUGAACGACUAUUUCGCUAAUUCCUACACUUCGUACGCUCCUCAACAAAAAGCCACGUACGUCCCACAACCUUACACCUCGUACUCGAGCAGCAGUCCCUACAUCACCACCACCACCUCUGCUGUUGCCCCCACGUAUUCCUCCUCUUACGCCCAGAUAAGCUCUUUGCCUUAUCUGAGCCCCGUCACCACCUCAACGUAUUCUGAAGAGUACGAGGCCCCUGCCGCUUAUCCUGCUGCCUCCAACUCCAAGUCUCAAUACGUGACCAAGCUCUCUUCUGCAGCCGAUGCCUACAGAUCUAUUGCGGACUGUUUGCACAGCAAGCUUCAGAGUGCGUACCCAUCCGCGGAUAAAAGUGAAAGUGAAUACCAGGCUCCCGUUUAUGGUCGCAACGCCAAUGUUGAUGUUUCUUAUCCUGCCACAUCUGGGUACGUCGCCCCAGCUCCAUACACACCAACUGCUGAUGCAUCGUACACACCCACCGCAGCAUACACACCCACCGUCGAUACAUCGUACACACCCACUGUUGAUACAUCGUACACACCCACUGUCGAUGUAAAAUACACGCCCACUGCGGAUGCGUCGUACACACCCGCAGUUGGCGCAUCGUACUCUGGAAGGUCCGGCUCCCCUCUAGACGGCUUAACUAAGGGUUUACCAUUGAAGGAUUUACUAAAGGUCUUGGGAAGGGCAAAGAUCGAAGAAAUUGACGUAGUUGCCGAGGGAAAUCAAGUUGGUGUCGUCGACGUUAUUGUCGACGAUUCAGGCAACAAAAAUAAUUUGCAAGGAACGCUUUUAAGCGACGACACGACUGUCGCUCAAGCGAACGCAAGAGCUGAAUUGGUGGAUGCAUUUGUGAAGAAAUUUCAAGCCGGAAUAGUUAACGUGGCUGGUGAAAACGGGGGGAACAACAAUAACCUCGAUUUAACGGUGCUUAGCACUGACACCAAUACCGUGCAAGCCCAGAACGGGAGAGGGAAUAAUGACGACGACUUUGCUAACCUGCUCAAACUUGUUUCUAAUCAUUUUGGAGGGAAUAAGCAUAAUGGACAAGAAAGCAAGAAGCGUGACGAAUUUGAACAACUACUUGCUCUCCUUGUUGCACACAGCCAGUUCGGUUUGGCCAAUUUCAAUGGCCAGAACCUAUUUAACAACAACAACCUUGGAUUAAAUCUUUUUGGCCAUAAAACGAACACAUUUCAGAACCAACACCAACAACAGCUAAAAGAGUUCCGAGCGAAACAAAUAGAAAAAGAGCUAAUCGACUUACUCUUGGUCGGUAAUCAAGUAGGAGGAGCCAAUGGUGCCUUUGAUAACAUUGCUAACAAUAAUAAUCUGGCCGCCAAUAUAUUCAGCUCUGGAGCCAACACCAACCAGUUCCAAAGCCAGCAUCACUCACUUUUCAAGGGCCGAGCUGAAGGAGGACAUGGAGGAGAAGGUCAUCACGGUGGGAUGCAUGGCCGUGCCAUCGCUGACAGCGCGAAUCAAUACGCAACUUCUCAGAAUGAUGCUGGUUACCAGGCCUCCUCCCCCAGCGGAAACUAUGCUGCUUCCAGUCCCUCCUCUGACUACGUGCAAAAGUACUAGUUUCGAUUUAGCUCGUAUUUCUAUGAGUACGCAUGCUUACAAUUUUUAAAACUAUGACAUUGUAGAUUUAUAAAAUGAAAUUGAUGUAUUUAUUGAUUUGAUUCAUUCAAUUAAAUUGAUUGCUAUACAAAAUUU